ACACAAUCAGGACAUCCAAAGAAGUUUUGAAUGGCAUAGCUUCUGAGAAGAUGUACGGUCAAAAUACAAUUUGCUUGAAAUCUGAAUUUUUAAAUUAAAUUAAAUCGGUGUAGAAUUGAAACAAGGAGGAGUUUUGAAGAAAAGAAAUCCUUAUAAACUAGUUGAGAGCAAAUUAGUUUAGGGCUUCUAGGGGAUAAAAUUGAUGAAUCCUCCAAACUUCAGGGAGUACUCUUAUAAUUCAACAACAAAAAAAAGUCGCUGAUCCUCUCCGCAUCAUUUGCCAAACACUCGAUGUCCACAGGUUGAUUCACCACCGCCACACGAUACAGAGAGAGAGAGAGAGAAAUGCAUGAACGAUAAUGCAAGCGCGCCUCCUCCUGGUGGGAUCUAUCCCCACCACAAUCGACGCCUCUGCUUCAUUCUCCUCCUCCAGCUCCAUCAUCACCGGUGGCCACAAUUCCCUGAUCGGUAGCUGGACCCACCAUCCUAACCUCGACAAUAAAUCCCGCCAUCGCAAAAACAACAAAUGGGGCCCAACGGUGGUAGUUGCAUCAUCAUCGUCAUCAUGGGCAGCAAUCAACGGCGGCGAGCAAGACCAUUACGCGGUGCUGGGACUCGAGCGGACCGCCACUUCAGCCGAUAUUAAAAAAGCUUAUCGCUUUCUUGCUCGAAAGUAUCAUCCUGAUGUCAGCAAGCAUUCACAAGCUGGUGAGCUGUUCAAGAGCAUUCGGCAUGCAUACGAAAUACUCUCUAAUGAAGUGACAAGGACUCAGUAUGAUCGAGUACUUAGGUUUCAAGAAGAAACUGGCAGGUCAUAUAGCAAAAACCAAUACUAUGCACCUGAAGUUGAAAACUGGGUAAGGAUAUACAGGUGGGCUGAAAUGAAGCGGAAAACGAGGAGCGAGAGAUAUUGGGAGCAUUAUAACGUGAGUGAGGAUCCUUCCUUCUACAGUGAGACAGAAGAGGAAGCCGAAGAAGGAAGCCUGGAUCAGGAAAGAGGCCCUUUUAGCGAAGUGCUAAGAUCUGCAUUUAUCUCUCUCUUCUUACUGCAUACUUUUGGAUCUCUAUUAUCUCUCGCCUUCAGCAGUCUCAUGGCUUUGUUCGACAGACAAUUGGAUGCUGGGUAUAAGAUUGGUUAUUUGAUUGCAUGGAUUUUGGGUGGGAGAGGUGGGAUUUCGCUUGUUCUGUGUCUCCAAUUUGCUAGCUGGGCAUGUGGAAAGAGGAGCAGCAGCAUGGUUGCUCUGGUAGUGGUAGCCAUGUGGGUUGGUUCAAAUCUUGCUAGGUUUGCUCCACUCCCGCAAGGUGCUCUUGUUACACUUCUGUACAUGUCUAUUAAGCUGCAAGCGGACCUCAAUUGAAGCGUUCGCUGCUGGUUGACCAUCAGCAUUGCAUCAAUGAUAUUUGCUCCUCCGAAAAUCCUUUUUACUUGUGUUCUAAUGCACAGCACAACAUCUGUGCCAAUUAUUACAUGGGAUUCUUCUUCUUCGUUUUUUGAUCCGGAGGCAAAUUGGACCUUGUAUUAUAUAUGUAUAUAUGUAAGAAAUUUAGCCUGCUCUCA